AUGAGUCAUUUCAUUUUCGUUUCUUCAUUGGGACUUUUUCAAGUGCAUUCGUGUUGGGAAAAAUAUACACCAAUCUAUCUAUCUAUCUAUCUAUCUAUCUAUCUAUCUAUCUAUCUGUCUCAGUCUGUUCACAUUUCUCUCUCUCUAUAUAUAUAUAUAUAUCUAUUUAUGACGAUCUAUGUAUUCACGUGCGUUUCUCUUUCUCUCUCUCUCUCUCUCUCUCUCUCUAUCUAUCUCAGUCUGUUCACAUUUCUCUCUCUCUCUAUCUAUCUAUCAAUUUAUGACGAUCUCUGUAUUCACGUGCGUUUCUCUCUCUUCCUCUCUCUCUCUCUUUCUCUAUCUAUCUAUCUAUCUCAGUCUGUUCACAUCUCUCUCUCUCUAUCUAUCUAUCUAUCUAUCUAUCUAUUUAUGACGAUCUAUGUAUUCACGUGCGUUUCUCUUUCUCUCUCUCUCUCUCUCUCUAUCUAUCUAUCUAUCUAUCUAUCUAUCUCAGUCUGUUCACAUUUCUCUCUCUCUCUCUCUCUCUAUAUAUAUAUAUAUAUAUAUUUUAUAACGAUCUCUGUAUUCACGUGCGUUUCUCUCUCUCUCUCUCUCUCUCUCUCUAUCUAUCUAUCUAUCUAUCUAUCUAUCUAUCACGAUCUCCGAACAACAAGAUCCUGUUUCUUUUCUUUGGUGCAACUUGGCAUGCUUCCUUUGUUUCCUUUGUUUGUUUGUUUGUUUCUUUCUUCUUUCUUUCUUUCUUUCUCUUUAUUUUUCUUUUAUUUGUUUUUCUCUCCUUUUUCUCGUCCACUGCCUCUCUCUCUAUUUUCUAAUAUUCUGUCUCCUCUACUUCAUCUUUCUCACUUUCCUCUUUCUUUCUUUCUUUCUUUCUUUCUUUCUUUCUUUCUUUCUUUCUUUCUUUCUGUACUAUUUCUUUCUUUUUUCUUUAUUUCCUUUAGUAUUUCUAUAUUUCUAUCAAUCAGUAUCAGAUUUUCUUUUUUCGUUCUUUCAGCAAUUCUUUCUUUCUAUCUUUCUGACAGUAUUUCUUUUUUAAGAGAAAAUAAGAAAAGAAAGAAAGAAAAACGAAAACUAUUACUGGAAGAACUAAAGAAAGAAAUACUGAAAGAAAGAAAGAAAAAUACAGAAGGAAAUUUCGGUAUUUUUCUUUCUUUCUUUCAGUAUUUAUUUAUUUCUCUCAGUAAUAGUUUUUCAUUUUUUUCUUUCUUUCUUUCUUUCUUUAUUUUUUCUUUCUUUCAUAUUUUUUUUUCUUUCUUUGAGUAUUCUUUUUUCUUUUUCUUUCUUUCGCUAUUAUAUCACUUUUUCCUUUUUCUUUCUUUCAUUAUGUCUUCUUUUCUUUUUCUUUCUUUCUUUCUUUCUUUCUCCCUUUUCAGUAUUACUUUUUUCUUUAUUUAUUUCAUUCGGUACUUCUUUUUUCCUUCUUCUUCCUUUUUUCUUUUAAUAUUUCAUUUUUCUCAUUCUUUCUUUCUUUCUUUCUUUCUUUCUUAUAGUAUAUCUUUCUUUCAAUAUUACUUUCUUCUUUCUUUCAGUAUUUUUUGCCGUUUCUUUCUUUCUUUCUUCCUUCCUUUCUUUCUUCCUUUCAGUAACACUUUUCGCCUUUUAUUUUCUUUAUUUCAGCAUUCUUUUUUUCUCUUCUUUCUUUCUUUCACUAUUAACUUUUUGUUUAUUUCUUUUUUCUUUGUUUCUUUCAGUAUUUAUUUUGUCGUUUUUCUUUCUUUCCUUCUUUCAAUAUUUCUUUCUUUUGGUAUUAUUUUUUUUCUUGUUUUCCUUCUUUCAAUAUUUCAUUCUUUCGUUAUUACUUUUUCCCUUUUUUCUUUCUUUCUUUUUCCUCUUUCUUUCUUUCCCUUCUUUUUCUUCUUCUUCUUCUUCUUCUUCUUCUCUCUCUCUCUAUCGCUUUCUCAGUAUUACUUUUUCUUUUUUCUAUUUCCCUUCAUUCAUUAUUCCUUUUUAUUUUUCUUUCUUUCCUUCUUUCAGCAUUAUACUUUUUACUCUUUCUUUCUUUCUUUCUUUCUUUCUUUCUUUCUUUCUUUCUUUCUUUCUUUUAACAGCAGUCACUAA